UUCUUUCCACCAACAAGUCUCCUUCGUUCCCCUUCAAAAUGGCGCCCGCUUUUCCGACGACCCUCCUCCACCAGGCGUCGACCUCCUUCCGUUUUCCAGCCGGCGCCGCAGGGUGCAUCCGCCCUCACUGCUUGGCCCCACUGGCGGCCCCCACAACGCUCUCUUUGGCGGCCACGCCAGCGGUACCUCGCCGGCUCCUCCUCCCAGUGGCGGCCGGCAUUUGGGACCUGAUCUCCGGCGGAGCUGGCGCCGCCGCCGCUGCGUCCCUCGCCGUCCGGCGAGGUAUGCAGCUUUUCCGGCAGGGAGAUGUAGCUGGCUCGUUGGCAGAAUUUGACAAGGCGAUCGAGAUGGACCCGCGACAGAAGCAAUAUCUUUGGCAACGGGGCCUCUCGCUGUACUACCUAGACAGGUUUGAAGAAGGUGCAGAGCAGUUCAGGAUAGACGUUGCAGCUAACCCGAACGACACCGAGGAGUCCAUAUGGUGCUUUCUGUGUGAAGCGCAGCUGUACGGGACUGAAGAAGCAAGGAAGCGGUUCUUGGAGGUUGGUUUGGACUCGAGACCUGUAAUGCGUGAAGCAUAUGCACUGCUCAGAAGUGGUGCAGAUCCUGAAAAGUUAGUUGCAAAGUUUUCGAGUGGAACUGAUGGUGAGGUCUUCUAUUCUUCACUGUAUGCUGGACUAUACUAUGAAUCUCAGAAAGAUGCAGAUAUGGCAAAAUCUCACAUUGUUGCAGCAUGCAAGUCGCCGUAUGGAUCGAGGUCCGGCGAUUACAUGGCUUCCCUUGCACUUGUCCACUGCCAGUGUCGCAACUGGAAAGUAGUUUGAAAGAGAUCACCACCAUAUUCAAGAGGACCCGACAAUUCUGUUUGGAAAUUACUUGCAAUCCUUGAUAUAUAGACUGCAAAUUACUUGCAACAAGGACAUGGGUUUUCAGACAAUGACGGACCGAGUUAAGGAAAAUAUGAGAGGCUAUCGAGUUUGGGAAAAAAAAA